AUGCCUAAGAACAAGAAGAACGCCAAUAAAAACUACGAAGCCGAAAAUGAUAUAUUAUCUUCUGAAGGUGAAAGUGAGGGAGAAGGUCAAAAUACGGGAAAUAACACAGGCACAGGCAGACAGAAUAGGAAUGAAAAGAAAGCAAGGAAAAUGUUAUCAAAGCUUAACUUCAAAUCAUUGACUGGGAUAACUAAGGUUAUUAUUAAGAAGAGUAAACAAACCUUCUUUGUCGUGCAAGCUGCUGAUGUAUACAAAAGCCCAUCAUCUGAUACAUACAUAAUUUUCGGUGAAGCCAAGAUUGAAGACUUGAAUUCACAAGCUCAAUCAGAUGCAGCUCAGUUAUUCACUCAAAUGGCUUUCAAAGUUUCAUCAAUGGAGGCAGAUAAGGUUAAGUCUGAUCCGGAAUCUAAGGAUUCUACUAAACCUAAAGACACCGAGUCUGUUGUAGUCGAUGUAACAGAUUCUGCUGUUGAAAUAUCUGAAAAGGAUAUCAACUUGGUUAUGAGUCAGGUUAGUUGUUCCAUGGAGGAAGCGAAGAGGGCUCUAAUCGAAAAUAAUGGAGAUAUUGUUGAUGCUAUAAUUCAAUUAACAAAUUGA